AUGAAACUCUUCGCUCUUCUUCUGCUUGUGCCUUUGGCUAGUGCACGAGCUGUACGAUACCACCACCAAAUACCCAUUGUCGAAGAACCCCUCGACAAACACACUAGCGCGGAAGCACUUGAUGCGCCUCCCAGCAUCGGCGUCCAUUUCACAACAUCACAAGCAGUAGCAGCUGCGCGGUACGCAAACGGCACAACAAUCGACGUGGCCCAAAUCCCCGGAGAUGCCGAAUACAUAGACCUAAUGUCGCGGUGGAUGACACCACACACUUCAUCAAAUUCUCCAAACGACAGCAGAAUCCUCACAGAAUUCCUAUCAAAAGUCCACGCAACCCUCGAAAAUAAACUCAAACACCCAAUCACAAAUAUCACAUCGGCCGUCACAUUCCCUUUCUACGGAUCCCAUGAGAAGGACUUUGAAAACGCUUUACUAUCAGCCGGCCUCGCUCUAUCGGAGGAUACCCCUUCGAUAUACUCGGAAGCAUAUGCCACACACGCCGGAUUAGAACACGCAACAUGCGCUUCCGCAACACUCCCCCACCAACAUCAACACAUCCUCGUUCUGGCCUUCGACUCCAGUUCCUUCAGCGCAAGCAUGCACGAAACCAGCUGCUCCCCCACCAAGACCAAAACACCAACCCCACACUCCCACAUGAUCAACUACGUCGCGCGAAACGAUCUCGGUUGGUGGAGUCUCCCCGUCUACGACGCCCCCCGCGCAAAGUUCUGGGCGAAGCUGCAGGAAGCUGUUGUUCACGCUGUUGCCGGAUUGGGUGUGCCGCCGGGCAAGAUUGUGCUACUGGGGAGUCAUGGUCAAGAUAAGGAGUUCAGGGUGGAGGUGGAGCAGGCGCUGUGGAGGGAGUUGGAGGUAGAUGUUGGAGCGUUGCUUGGGAGAUGGGGUGGAAAGGCGGAGAAUCAGUGGUUAGCCGCGAGAGGGGCGGCGGGGCUGGGAUGGCGGAAUCAGAUGAGGAGGUGA